UAGAGUGUGCUUGUUGUCUCUAGAUUUGUGACAUGUCCAGUUCUAAGUUCGCGUUACAACAACUCUCAAAACAUGGCUGGAAGGAAGGUUCUGGACUCGGGAAGAGUGAAAGUGGUAUAAAAGAAGCAAUAAAAGUGAAAAUCAAACACGACACACACGGGGUUGGUCAUAAAAAAGGAGAUGAAUUUGCUUUCCACUGGUGGGAUCAUGUGUUCAACAAAGCAGCCAGUAACAUCAGUGUCAACUCCACCGAGGAUGGUGUCAAUCUGAGUAAGAAUAAGGACAGUGAUAAGAUCUCCACAACAACCACCAAAACCUUCGACAACAAGGCCAUGCUGUAUGGAAAAUUCCUCAAGGGAGCCACUUUGUCUAAUGGGUCUUACAAGGCAACCAAGGAGGAGGAUUCUGAGGAUGAAUAUGAAGAGGAUACAACUCCAGCAAGGAUUCAGGACUUGGAAGAUGCAGAAUUAUUGAAGGCAUGCGGUGGAAUGACUGGACACAAGGCUGCCAGACACGGCCACAAGUUAAAUGGUAAACUGGCCAGAAUUCAAGAACAAGAAGCGUUGCUAUUGGCUAAAUACAAAACUGGAACAAGCAGAGGAAAAGACAAAAUUGAGGAUGGACACCAGAAUGAUGAGGAUUUAAGUACAGAUGUAAAAGAAAAGAAGAAAAAACGAAAGAAAGACAAAUCAGAAAAGAAGAAACGGAAGAGAGAAAUGGAAGACUUGGAUAAUAGCUCAGUGGAGGCGACAGUUGAUACAGAUUCAGCUUGUUCACCUGUGAAACUGAGGUGUGAGGAGACUUCCGAGUCUGUCAAAGAUAAAGACAUCAAAAAGAAAAAGAGGAAAGAAAAAAUGCUGAAAAACAUAGACAUAACUGAAGUUGAGGUCCAAGAGAUUGAUAUGUCUAAUAGUAAAACAAACAAACAGACAAGUGAUGAAUGUGUACUGGAACAUGACAGUACCAUCAGACACUUAAAAAAGAAGAAAAAGAAACUGAAAGGAGAAUCUUGUGAAGACGAUGAUACAGCCAGUACAGGAAGUGAUAGACAAGAUAGUGUAGUGGUCAAAAAAAAGAAAAGCAAAAAACAAAAGAAAGAAAAGUCAUGUGAUUAGAUAACGUGGAUUUAACUUAAAUCAAAUAAAUUGAUGAAUUGAUAUUAAAUGUUAUUUAAAACUUUUUAAUUUUCACAGAAGUAGAUAAUUUGGGAAGUAUUAAUAUUUCUGUCUACUAACACUUAGAGAACUGUCCCUAGCUCUCAAGAAUAUGAAAAAUGGGAAAACACCUGGGUCGGAUGGAUUUAAUGUAGAAUUCUAUCAAUUUUUUUGGAAAGAUUUAGGUAAACUAGUUUGUAGGUCCAUUAAUUAUGCAUAUUCGGUAGGAAAAUUGUCUGACUUUCAAUCACAGGGAAUAAUAACAUGCAUACCUAAAGAAAAUAAAGAUAGAAGAUAUAUAAAAAACUGGCGUCCAAUAUCAUUGUUAAAUGUAGAUUACAAAAUUGUUUCAGCUGCCAUAGUAAACAGGUUAAAGGGUGUUACCAUCGAUUAUAAGUGAAACACAGACAGGGUUUAUUAAGGAAAGAUUUAUAGGGGAUAGUACUAGGCAAUUAUAUGAUGUUAUGCAUUUCUUAGAGGAAAACAACAAACAUGGUUUAUUGUAUCUUCUUGAUUUUGAAAAGGCCUUUGAUUCGGUUGAGUGGGAUUUUUUAGACAAAGCUUUAGAAAUUUUCAGUUUUAGUUCAUCUGUUCAUAAAUGGUUAACUCUUUUUUACUUUAACUCUAAAAGCUGUGUUAUCAAUAAUGGUAAUCUUUCUCAUUUCUUCAAAUUGGGAAGAGGCUGUCGUCAAGGCGAACCCGAUAUCUCCGUACAUCUUUGUUAUUGGGGCUGAGCUACUUUCUUUAAUGAUAAAUUCUAACCAAAGAAUCGGGGCUCUUACAAUUGUUGACAAAAAGGUAUUACUUGGACAAUACGCAGAUGAUACAUAUCUCCUGUUAGAUGGUAAAAGUGAAUCACUAUACGAAGCUGUACACAUACUUGAAGAUUUUUCUAUGAUAUCCGGUUUAAAAGCAAAUUUAGCAAAGUCCCACCAUUAUUGGAUAGGCAAUAAUAAAUUCUCAGAUGAAAUCAUUUGUCCAGACAUAAACCUAACUUGGUCAACUGAAAAUUUUAGACUUCUAGGUAUCACAUUCUCCUUGAAUCUGGAUGAGAUGGAAGAAAUAAAUUAUGAACAUACUUUGAAUCAGGUUGAAAAAAUGCUAAGGCUUUGGGUAGUACAAGAUUUAACUAUUAUCGGCAGAAUAAAUGUAUUGAAAACACUUGUUAUACCUAAGUUUGUACACUUAUUUAGUGUUCUGCCUAAUCCGUCAACAGAAUUUUUCAACAGAAUGAAUAGAGUAUUCUAUAGAUUUAUCUGGAAUUCAAAUACACAGAAAGCAUUUUAGCUUUUAGUAAAUAUAUGACAGUUAGAUGGAUAAAGAGAUACUAUUCAGAUGUAGAUAGUGGCUGGAAAUCUUUUUUAAAACACAUAUAGAAAAUAGAUCCCGAGGUGCUCUUUCACUUGGAUGCAGGAAAGUUGAGGGAGAAAGCAAAAAAUGUAAAAACCAAAUUCUGGUGUUUUGUAUUAUCUUUAGCAGAAUUAAAAUGUCCACCAAAUUCUCUUGAAGAAUUUUUAGCGUUAGAUUUAACCUAUCUCGUACCUCUCCAAAAAGUAAACCACUGUAUCCAGUGGAGAAAUUUUGGUCUGCACAUGGUUAAUGAUUUAUUUAUAAAUGGAUUACCAAAACCUUGGGGAGAGCUCAGGCAUGUGUUGCAUUUAGAUUGUAUUGAAUACCAUGCAAUUUUUCAGAAAAUGAAUAGAAAUUGAAAAAAUGAAUACAGAAUUGCUUUUGUGAAUGGUGAAACAAUUACUCCAAUCAAAAAAGAUAUUGUUCAGAAAAUGUUAGAUAUGAAAGACCAAAAAUUAAUAUACGAGCUUUUUGUAAACAGUAUAAAACAUGAACCCGUUAAGACUCAGGAAAAGUGGAAGAAAGCUCUGUUACUUGAUUAAUUUGAUUUUGAAAAUAUUUAUAAUGUUGCAUUUCGUUGUACACAAGAGACUAAGUUACAAGCCUUUCAGUAUAAGAUUAAUCAUCGUAUACUUAUGACAAACCCAAAACUUUUUAAAUAAAACUUACAGAGAGUAAUCUGUGUACUUUUUGUAACAGAGAAGAAGAAACAAUAGAGCAUAUUCUUUAUUUCUGUUUUUACUCCAAUGCGGCGAUAGAAGAAUUUUGUUCAUGGUAUUCUGAUUAUGAUGAUCAACAUGUAGGUGUUCUACAAAGUACAGAUGUAAUUUUUGGAAAUGCUAAUUUUAGCGAUAUCUUGAAUCUCUUUCUUUUAUUACUUAAAUACUACAUCCAUCAAUGAUGUUGUUCCUACUUUUACUGCAUGUAAGACCAAAUUAAGAAAAACUCUGGAAAUGGAAUUCUUUAUAGCAAAACGAACAGGCUCACUUGGUAAAUUUCAUCGAAAAUGGGGGACAUUUGUCAAUGCUCUGAGACAUGAACCAGUGGGGGCAGAUCAUAGAAUAUUGUUCAGUACAGGUUUUUUAUAUUGAUCAUAUUUACCAUGUAAUUUACCAACUCUAAAGAUUUUGUCGUGUCUGGACUCUCUGCUAGUGAGUAAAAAAUGUAAGAGGACAUGACAUUCAAUGUGAUGUAUGUGUGCGAGUUUGAGAAUCUGUAUGUGUGCAUGACCUGUGAGCGUGUGUAAGAUGCAGGUACUAGCUGUACAUAUGGUUAAACUAUAGUAUGAUUAUACAGGCCCAGAUUGUAUGUCUUUCCCUUAAAGGAGUACAUGCACCUUAUUAAUAUAUAACAUGUGAUUAGUGCAUAUUUUGGUGUGGAUCUGUGGUUGUGUAAACAAGUGUAGGCCACUGUAUAUGUGUGUUAAUCCAUACCUGUGUUAAGCGAAUAUAGCAUCAUUCAGUAUGUAUUCUAUUUAUGUAUCUACAUAGUAAAAUAUUUGAAGGAUGAAUGUGUGAAGCGGUGUGUGAGAGCCCCCUGUGAGGGGACACAGUUUAUUUAUGAAGGCUGACCCAAAGGCCCCAAUGGACCUUGGCAGUCUGCCAAUAUAAUCAUGAAUAAAUGUCUUGGAAAAAAGAAAGAAAAAAAAGAAUAUUUCUGAUGUCAUUGAGAAUUUCUUGCAGUUUGGCUGUAUUGUACACUGUGUAUAUUAUUAUACCUGUAGUGUGGAUGGCAGUGUUGAGUCUUAUUAGGCCUUAUAUCUAUAUACUGAAUUGGGUGUCUGAAGCAAGGAGCAGUUUUCCUUGAAUUUCAUUUAAAAUACGAUUUAGCAUCAUGCAAGGGUAUUUAUGAAAGGCAUUAUGUAGUUUCUGCCAGGAACGUAUAAUUAUGCUCGUCUGGCCCCACAACGUGACGACCCACCAUUGACUGCCAUCCACCUUAGAAUGCCUCAGACCAAAUAUGUACAAAAUGCAAUUGUUUGUACAGAAGGAAGAUUUGCUUAAUUUCCCCUUUUUGGCCCAGCCUUUAUUUUCUAGGAAGUCAUACACACAUGCCAGACGUUCUUGUCCCUGCAGGGCAAAGGCAGUAAUAUGCCUUGAUAGGAUCAUCUGAAUCAGUUUUUCAAAUUGGAUCCAAUCAUAUUACUUUGUGACUUGUAGCGUGAAUGAAUCUGAGCUCGGAUGAGAUCAUCCACAUGCUGGUAUACCCAGAUCUCGUAGUCACCUUCAUUUGACUGGUGCUCAGCAAUAUAACCAGGGGCAGGUUGAUCUGGUAAAUACCACAUGGUAAUGUCUCAAGGUACUCACGAUUCAACUGAGGAAAGGAAACAUUUGAUGCUUCUAGUUUUCGCCACUCAUUUUCGGCUCUACGAGUCAUGUUUGGAUCCUCCGCAACACGCUUCACAAGAGCAUUAUCUCUUUGCAAAAGAGAUACCAUGCGAGUUGCAUUUUGUAUGUCUCUCUGUUCACACUGGGGGUCUGAAACGUAUAUGGGCCCUCUGAAACUAUUCAGGCUUGCGGUUACUAUACGUACAAGUUUCCCAAUGAUUGUAAUCAGAUGAUUUGAAGUGAGUGUAUCUUUAAACAGUACCCAUUUUUUAAUCUUCCAUGGUAAGACUCCACAACCCAAUGUAUCUUGG